AGCAUCUUCCACGCCGCCAAACCCUCGGCUCCCGUCCUGCUCUAUCUGCCCCCAGGCCCUGUGCUGCCCCAAUCUACCGACGAUGAACUUCGCGUCAUCACAACCCUGGCUGCAGCAAGCGCCACCACCCUGGUCCGCAUCAACUAUCGCGCCUCGUCGACACACCAGUAUCCCACGCCCUGCCAUGACGUGCUGGUUGCCUACGACUGGGUCCGCGACAACCUGCUCGUCGAUGGCUUCAACCGUCCCCAUCUCGCCCGUCUCGCCGUAUGCGGAGAGCUCAUUGGAGGCUCAUUGGCCACCAUGCUGGCGCUGACAGAGUGCCGCAAGGGUGAGAGCCGCAUCGGCGCCGCCGCCGUCAACAACCCGCUUGUCGACUGGGUCUUUCCGGACGACCUUCCUGUCGUGAUGCCCGAAGACCUCCCAGAGCCUCUUUUUGGCGACGAGACUGCCUUUCCUGCAGACGCCGAUCUGGCAGACUCGCUGGCUCUGCGCGAGAGCAUUGCCCACGUGCUGCAAUCCGAGCAAAAGCCUCCCAAGAAGCGCUCGCCAAAGAACCCUCCCCCGACAUCGUGGCAGAUGCACGGCGACAACACAGUCAUACCUGCACUGACCCUCUCUGGCGAACGCGAUGUCCUCUUCAAGAGACCCGAAGACUACUUUGAUCGCUUUGCCUCGCCUAUCCACUUCUUUCGCUCUCCCCACGCCCAGCUAGUCUACCCACCCUCGGACCAUGUCUUUGCCUCGCAGCAGCCUGACGCGCUGCUCGACAUGGAGGCCCAGCUUGCCCUCCAUCACUAUGCCACUUUUGAUGAAAACGCCAAACUAGAACCGCCCUUCCCCGUCCUCAGCCGAUGUCGCGCAUACGCCAGAGGCUAUCCCCCGGCUGGCACCAACCUAACCAUGCCCGUCUGGAACAUUACCACGGGCUUGCAAAGUCCUCUCUCGGAUAGUGCUCUCGAGCUAGCCAGGAUGAUACGCCGAACCAUUGCCCGCCAUACCAUGAAGACGCAUACAGGCAGAUCGCGAUGGCAUGAUGAUGCCGAAAAGAAGCAAUACGAGGAGCUUGCCCAUGGCCGUGUGCAAGUCAACUCACAUCCGGGUUUGGGGCUGUGGACUGAGCAGAGUGAUGCCCCGGAAUCCCAGUCACGUCUGCAACAUGUAGGAGCUUGGAUAAAGCAGCGUCUAGAUCCAGCCUUUGUUUGA